AUGCUGCAGCGCACCAAGUACAGCCGCCUACGCAAUGAUUCAUUGACCUCUCAGGAGGACUGGCCCCAAGGAGCGCUGCCCCUGAAGGGCGACCUCUGUGUUAGCUCUGACCCUUCCCCGCUGGAUUCCCGGACCCUCCCGGACCAGGACUCAUCCACCCUGAGGGGUUUCAUACCCCGCAUGGCAAACAUCAAACUACACAGCCCCGUCUCACUACUGGGGGUGAAGGGACAGACAAACAGACACAGGCACAAAACGAUAGAUGAACACACUGACAGACCUUUAUCCAGAACAGAGUGGACGUCAAGGCCUAAUCAGAGACUUUGCAGCCAAACCUCCCUUCCUCUUCCUCCGACACACUGCCACAACCAAAAUCACUCCACUCUGCACUGCAUCAGGAGACCCAUCACUCUGCAUCGGAUCGCCAGUCUUCCCUGGACCCCCGGAUGCCCCCCUCGCUCGCACAGAGACCGUCUGUCCUGUUUGAAGACCUCUUCUGCAGCAGAAGAAUGCACAACGGUCGGGCAAGAGAAAAGAGCCGUGCACCAUCACCUCAAGUACAUGGGCAGCCUGGAGGUGACACAAUCCAUGAAAACCCUGGACUUUAACACGAGAAUGCAAGUCACACGAGAGGCAAUAAGCAGACUUUGUGAGAGGACGAGAGGAGCUAAAACAGCUGUAAAAAACAAAAGGCCUCUUCAUAAGGGACUCUCUGCUGUUCUGGGUCAACACAACCUGCGGUUUUCGGGAAGGAGUGUCAUCCUGACUGUCUUCCCCGACAGCGUGACUCUGAUCACAGCCUGCUCCCUACAGACUAUAGCCCACCACCCCAUGCCGUCCAUUUCAUUCGCCUCAGGAGGAGAUCCAGACAUGGCAGAUUUCAUUGCUUAUGUUGCCAAAGACCCCGUCAACCGGAGAGUGUGUUACAUCCUGGAGUGUCCCCAGGGACAGGCUUGUGAGGUCAUCAACAGCAUUGGUCAGGCUUUCGAGACUUGUUUCCACCAGCUCCUCAGCCACGCUCCCUCCACCCUGCCUGCUAUUUCCAGGUCAGCAGUGGGAAGCAGGAAGUGGAGCCUGGAGGACACCAUGAAAGACCAUGAAGGCAACAAACACAACGAGUGCCGUGACUAUUACAACGUGAUCCCUGGAAAGACGCCACCCAUCGGUGGAGUGCAGGAUAUGCGUCUCUCAGGGGGAGCAGAUGACGCGGAUGCUGGGAUGCAGGAGGUCUCUUCCUCCGAGCCCGUUUCGCUCUAUGAGAACCGCUGCAUCACAGAGCAGACUCUAGCGCCAUCUGCAGUAACUUCCAACAUCAGUGGCCAGCAGCGCACCGCCCAGACCGACUCUGAGAACCUCUCGGAGAAACUGAUCCAGGACUGGUUAGGAAGAGAGCAGGCAGAGUCACUGCUCACCUGUAGCGGAGACUUCCUGGUGAGAGAGAGCAGCUCCACCACAGGACAAUAUGUGCUCAGCGGUAUGGAGGGAGCCACCGUAAGGCACCUUCUGCUGGUGCGCACCCGUGACCAGGUGUUCCUGAGCAUUUGGUCACCUGGUGCGUUUCCACAUGGAGAGCCAGAUGCCAAUCAUUUCUGGAGCAUUGAGCUGUGCCUGAGACAGCCCAUACUGCAGAGACACUGA